UAUAAGUUUGCACGCCGGCCGCGCUGGCGCAGUGCUUCUCUUACCCUCUUGGACGUAAGGUCGCCCGCAAUGGGGACGAAGGCCUUAAUCUUAUUUGUGUGCUGGAUGGUGGGAUAUGCACAACCUGUGUCUUCAGAGAAAAACGUGAAAAAUGCAGGAAUCAUAGACAAUAUUAGUGCUGAAAGUGUUUCGCGAUUGUACCACAAUGCCCCAGCCGGCGUUUACGCUAGUGCCACGCCAUACGGAGCGUAUUCCUUCCAUGUGCCGUCCUUCGUCGCCCCAAAAAGUGCAUCCGGGAAAGAGGAAAGUGCCAUCGUCCCGAUAACGACUAGUUAUUUGAAGGACUCGUACGGCAAUCCAUUUGUCGAGGCACCUCAAGCCACCUACAGAUCUACUAUUCCACAACAAUUUGUGCAAAUACAAAGUCUACCUUCACAUUUGAGCCAACCUUUAGUUUCACCGACUGUGCAAUUUAAACAGUCCACACCUCAUUUCUUCUCACCAGGGCAGUACAAUGUUCAAAACAUACAAAGUGGUCCACCUUCCAAUGUCGGUCGAUAUAACGUGCAACAACCUAUUGGAUACACUAAUGUUCAAAGUUUUGCUCCUAAUUCAGUUCUGUACACUCAGUUCCAACCGCAAGCGGCUCAUCAGCAACCAAGUAACAAUAGAAAUAUCUAUUCGGGUGCUCUUACUGCCAACAAUAAUUAUAAGAUAAAUGGUGAACCAAAGUUUCAACGAUUACAAGAGGUACCCCACGUUGCCUUCUUUUCUAAUGAAAGACCGAUUGCUAAUCAACAAACGGCUCAAAGUGGACAACAAUUGCAACAGCUACCGAAACAGACAACAGUAACAACAGUCGUUAAUGGCAAAAAAAUUGCUUUGAAUUUGGUAACUAAACCACCUGUGCCUUUGUUAGAUCUUAGUCUCCUUGAACCGUUGACGUUUGCAAAUCCAUUGGUGCCACAAGUUCAACAUUUUUUGCCAAGAAUAAAUCAAGCAACUUACCAUAAGCUGCCUAAUCUCAAUGUUGAACAAAACAAAAAUAAUCAAAAUGAAUUUCUCGUUCAGAACACAAAAACGUACAGUAGCGAUGAAAAACCGAAAAAUUCUUCGCCAAAAAAGAAACAAAAGAAGGUAAUUCAGAAACACCAAUCUAAUGAAGAAAAAGAAACACCUCCAAAGCCCUCGAUAUCAGUUAAUGGUGUACCCAAUGAGAGUCCAGAGUUUUCUUAUGAAAUUAAUUCUCCAAAUUACAAAGAAACUUAUACAGAAAAGAAAGUCAGCUAUAACAAAGAAACUGAAUCUGAACCCAAGACCUACAAUUACGAAAUGAAGACAGACAAUAAACCAGUGCAUUAUAGCUACGCAAAAAAUACACAGAAAAAACCAGUUCAUGUAAGUUAUGAGCAUACCGAAGAGAAAGCACCAGUUCAAUAUAAUUACGAAGAACACACGCAAAAAGAGCCGGUGCAUUAUUCUUAUGUGAAAAGUUCAAAGGAACCAGUGAGUCAAGUUCAUUACGAAAAUAAAAAUCAAAAUCCAAAACAUCUUGUGUAUGUGCUUAAACCUGAUGAACAAGAUCAUAGUGACCAAGAACAAAGGGUUCACCAUCAUCCCAGAGAAAACUCAGGUGAAAAUUCAGAAGAAUCGUAUGAAGACAACAAUCAAAAAGAAGAACACGACUCUCAUGAGGGACCAAAAAAUCAUGGGCAUCACGUUCACAUACAUGUUGGAUCUCCUAAAAAUACUCAUCACAAUCCCGAACAUAGACAAGUUCAGUAUUAUCAUACAAACAAUCAAGAAGAUCCAAAUUUAGGACAACAUCAUAACACACCUCAGUCUUUUGUACAAGCGCAUAAAGAUGUCCCAAUUCAACAUGAGCAACAAUAUUUCCAGCCCAUAGCGCCUGAGUAUGAGGAAGAUAUAAGAAUAGUUCCGGAACACAAGCCCCAUGAAGCAAUAAGAGUUGAUCCUAAUCAACAUAUACAAGUAAAUAACAAUUCUCCACCACGACCCCAAAACCACCCGACUACUUAUGAUUAUCAAGAAUCAUUAUAUACAUCAGCACCAAUAGUAAAAGGUAAGCCUAAACAAGAAACAAGAAAUGACGAUGACUCUUCAGAAAACACAAACGAGGAUAAUGACGAAAUACUGGCAAACAUGUUUAAGGAACAAGAAAAAAAUGAAGAAAACUUUGAAAAGAGUUACAAGGAUGCUGCGUAUGGUUUUGCGGCAUAUGACGCACCACGAAUGGAUACUGAAAAAGAAAUAUACAAUCCAGAAUCUUACGGUGCCCCACGCUAUUAUUCUGAAUACAAUAUAGCUAAGAACCCGUUCCAGCAGUAUGAGGCCAACGGUGACGAAUUUCCGAAAUUUUCCCGAUUAGAUUACAAGGAUACAAGAGACAAAAUGCAAGAGGAUUACUAUCUCGACUAUGCGGUUAGUAGGCCAGAAAGCCUCCGAGAUAGGUUCCGCAAUAAGGAAGGAUACUAUAAGAUGUUUAAAAAUCAAAGACCUGAUCACAUUAGCCAUGAUGAUGAAGAUGAAAACAAAGAAAAUGCAAAAUACACUUCGAGGCAACAAUACGAAUACAAUGAACCACAACAAAAACAAAAAGAGCCUUAUAGAAAACAUAAAACAAAUUCAGAAAACCAUGAAUAUGAUUAUUCCAGUGAUCAACCUCGAGAUGCCUCCGCGCAUGCCACUCGACCUCAUUAUAGGUAUAAAACCAAAACGCAAUUCGUAGAACCGCAAUUUCAAUACGGUUUUGAACCAAUAUCGAUACCUCAACUAUUAGAUAGUGAAUUAGCAGCUAUGGCAUCGAACGAUAACCCUAAAAGUGAAAAACAGGGCGUGAGAAAAAAGAUAUACAAGGAAAAUUUAUUUAUUAAGAAAACUAGCACAAAAGGUGCAAAGAAAAGUAGUUGAUAACGUUUAUAAUUUAUUAGGCCAAAACCAAUGUUAGAUAUAAGUGUUAUAUUAUUAUUGUUAAAAUAAA